UUUCCCGAGAUUUCAAUAAAGUUUUUUUGUACAAACCGGAAGUGCGUUAGUGAUCCAAAAUGGCGGCUCUCUUGUGGCCUUAGAAGCAACGUGAUUUUCCACGUUUAUACUUCUAUCUGUUAUCCGAUUCAGUGUGCGGCAGGAGGAAGCUGUGUGGUUUUGAAUUCCAGACCUUCUCAGUGCUCUGCCAUGGCGUUGUUUAAGCCCACGAAGAUCCUCACGUACCCUAAACUGGGAGAGCGUGUGACCGAGGAGACGCUGUACUGGAAAAACUACAAGGCUCCAGUGCAGAUAAAGGAGUUUGGGGCUGUCACAAAAAUUGAGUUUUCUCCUCAACCACCUUACAACUAUGUGGUGACAGCAUCCACCAGGAUUCAGGUGUACGGCGCUCAAUCUCAGGAGCCGAUACGCACUUAUAGUCGCUUCCAUGACACGGCGUAUGGCGGGAGUUUCCGUGGCGAUGGAAAACUCCUAGUGGCCGGAAGUGAAGAAGGUCUCAUUCGCCUGUUCGACAUUGGAGGCAGAGUCGCGCUCCGUCAGUUCACUGGACAUUCCAAGGCAGUACACGUCACCUCCUUCCUGUCUGAUGGUUAUCGUGUGUUAUCGGGUUCUGAUGAUUUGUCGUGUCGUGUUUGGGACGUAGCGAGUGGGUCAGAACUCGGCUCUUACACUGAACACACUGAUUACAUCCGAUCUGCGGCUGCCAGCAGACUGAACCCCGACGUCUUCAUCACAGGUUCCUACGACCACACAGUGAAGGUGUGUGAUGUUCGGUUAGGGGGCAGUGUGAUGACGCUUCAGCACGGACAUCCUGUGGAGUGUGUGCUGCUUUACCCCUCUGAGGCUUUACUGGUGUCCACAGGAGGUCGGUAUGUUAAAGUGUGGGAUUUGUUGAAAGGAGGUCAGCCGCUUGUCUCUCUGAAGAAUCACCACAAAACUGUCACGUGUGCGUGUCUGAGCUCCACCGACAACCGACUGCUCACAGGCUCGCUCGACAGGCAUGUGAAGGUUUAUAACUCCGCCUACAAAGUCGUCCAUAGUUUUGAUUACGCAGCGUCGAUCCUCAGCCUCGCCCUCGCUCCGGAUGAUGAGAUGGUUGCUGCUGGAAUGGCAAAUGGUGUGUUGAGUGUCAGACACAGGAAACACAAUGAAGACAAACAGGAAGUGGUCAGCAGGAGGAGACGAGGUCCUGCGUACCGGGUCUUUGUCAAGGGGAAGAACUACGUCCCUAAACAGGAUGAUUUCCUGGUGAGUAAAACAGUGAAACAGCAUCUACAGAAACACGACCGGCAGCUGAAGAGCUUUAGGGUGUCUAAAGCACUGGACACGGCACUGGAGACGUGGAGGCGGGUCAAUAAGCCGGAAGUGACCGUAGCGGUGAUGAUUGAACUGAACCGCAGAGGAACGCUGAGGAACGCUCUAGCAGGUCGAGAUGAACAGAGUUUAACUACACUGCUUAACUUCCUGCUCAAGAACGUAACAGAUUCACGUUUCUCCCAUGUGCUGCUCAUGGUGGCAGAUGUGAUUGUCGAUCUGUAUCAGCAGGUGGUCCCUCAGUCUCCUGUAGUUGAGCGUCUGCUGCAGCGUCUGAUGGAGCUUCUGGGACGUGAAGCAGAACUUCAGCAGGAGUUGCUGCAGGUUUUAGGAAUCCUCGACACACUUUUUGCCUCUCUGACCCCGAGGAAAGAGGCCACUCCCCCUGUGGGCCCUCUCGCCAUUCAGGGGCCCAUCUGAGUUUGGAGUUUUUCCCUCAAGUGUAUGAAGCAAACUCGCGUGUGUUCGUGUGAUUGGCGUGUUACGCACUGAGUUUUGACCUUUGACCCCUGUACCGUGUUCAGAAGGCAGAUGAACCUCACAGUUUUAACAUAAUGAGCAUUUUCUCUUCUCUUUAUUUAUAUUGUCUGGUGUUUUAUAGAUUAUUUUCUCUUCUGUGUUACAAACUUAAUAAACAGAAAAAUUAUCCUGA